AUGGGCCUCAACUACGGCCCACUUCCCACCGCACAAGACAAGGACAAGCCUGAAGACCCAACCAAGCUCAAUGACGCACUUGCAGCGGCAGGCGUGGAUAUCCAGCGAGAAGAAGAGUUGCUAUCGACAAAUUACAAUCGAAGUGCACUCAAUCUCCACCAGCAACAGAUGGCGAAUCGGCAACGGCAGACGUAUGGCCUGUUGAACGCUUUCCUACAUCCAUAUCACGUGGCGCUCUUUAUGAAUCGCACGGCCCGUGAGAACGGUGUUAUGCAGAACUUCAUGAUCGACCCGGAAAUGUUGGAGUUCAUGUCCAGUGCGUGUAAGGAGUGGCUCUCUGACAUCGUGACAAAAACUGUAGCACUAGCAAAGCACCGGAGACGCGGCAUCCCCGCUUUCAAUCCCAAAAACAAAGCGGCAGGCAAGCAAAAAGUAAGCCCGCCUUCUCAGCGGUCUGAAGUAUCGAAAGAGCUCAGGAACUUAGCACUCAAGCAAAAAGAUUUGGAGGAGCGCAGGGUGGCGAAAAGAGCUCUUUUGGGGCUCGAAAAAAGCGAUGACGUAGCACCCGACUCGGCCAAUAAGGCGGGCGCCGAAGAAACCUUACACAGAGCAGCAAACGCCACCGCUGCAAUGAUGACCAUGAACCUGUCGCGGAAGAAGUACUCCUGGAUGACAUCUGCUGCAGGUAACUCAAGUGAAGAGAGUAAGAAUAGCGGCGCUAAGGACUCAAACUCGAAGCAGAGCUCGCUCAUAGCUUCUAGAGGAGACAACGGCUUGCGCUUCAGAGAGAUUCGUACGGGCAACAUGAUCUCGUCUAAGGAUCUUCUUGGAGUCCUCGAGGACGAGCGCGUAGGCACGGCCAAAGCAGUUGUGAAAGGCUAUGCAAGGUUGAAAGACUAA